AUGAAAUCCAUACACUGGCAGAGAUAUGCUGCUGGCGGCGCGCGCCUCCUCUUGCAACGGGGGAUUUGGGCUUUCCAGAAUGUGCUAAUUCCAUCGCUCAUUACUAAAUACGUCUUCGUGAAUACCGUCUAUGGCUCUAGGCUCCUGGUUCUCGCCCUUGGCCUUUUCAUGUAUCUCAUCUGGCGUUGCAUGUACACGUUCAUUCUAUAUCCAACAUACUUGACGCCCUUCAGACACCUCCCUACGCCCAAGGGACCCCGAUCAUGGCUAUGGGGCAACCUGAAGCCUCAUUUUGCGGAACCCGCAGGCAUGGCCGCUCGCCGCAUCGCUGAGAGCACGCCCAACGAUGGCCUACUCCGCUAUUACGGCUUUCUGAGCCAGGAGCGCAUCAUGCUGACCACGCCGCAGUACUUCAGCGAGGUGCUGGUGCAGAAGGGCUACGAGUACCCCAAGUCGUUCCUACUGAAGUACGCCAUCUCGCGCGUCACGGGCGAGGGUCUUGGAUAUACCGAGGGCGACUUGCACCGCCGCCAGCGCAAGAACCUCAUGCCUGCCUUUUCGUACCGCCAUAUCAAGGACCUGUACCCGGCCUUCUGGCGGAAGGGCCAGGAGAUGGCAGACCGGCUAACCCCAUUCGCGGCAUCGGGUGCACCGGUUACAAUCCGCGAGUGGGCCAGCCGCGUGACGCUGGACAUUAUGGGCGAAACGGGGAUGGCCCUCGACUUCGGCUCGCUGCAUGACCCGGACAAUGCGCUCGUCUCGGUGUACAAGCGAAUGCUAGCGCCGCCGCCGCCCAAGUUCCGCUACUUCGCGCAGCUGGGCAAUUUCGUUAACCCAGCGCUGCUGCAGCGGCUGCCGCUGCCGCGCAACCGCAUGAUCGCCGAGGGCGCGGCCUACCUCCGCGGCGUGACGCGCGACAUCAUCGCGCGGAAGCGGGCGGCACUGGCGGAGGGGAGAGAUGGCGGUGACGUGGAUAUCGUGGGCGUUGCUCUGCGUAGCGGUGCCUUUGAUGAUGAGGACCUCAUUAGCCAUAUGAUGACCUUCCUGGCCGCGGGCCAUGAGACCACUGCCACGGCCUUCCAGUGGCUCAUUUGGGUCCUGUGCAAGCACCCGGACGUGCAGACGCGCCUGAGUGAAGAGCUUCGCCGUGAACUAGGUCCGUUCUUCUCCUCUGCUUCCGCUUCUGGCCCAGACGCCGCCGCCGUGGAUGCCCUCCCCUACCUCAAGGCCGUCUGCAAUGAGGUCCUGCGACAUCACCCGCCCACGCCCAUGACCACGCGCGAGGCCAUGUCGGAUGGCCGCGUCGGCGAUACCUUUGUCCCGCGCGGCACGACUCUGGUCGUCCCCUCCGAGGCCACCAACCACGACCCGAUGCUCUGGGGGCCGGACGCCGCAGCAUUCAACCCGGAUCGCUGGAUGGCACCGGGGCAGGCCAACUCCGGCGGUGCCCGCAGCAACUAUGCCAUGAUGACGUUCAUCCACGGGCCGCGCAGCUGCAUUGGCGCGAAUUUCACGAGGAGCGAGCUCGCGUGCUUGGCUGCAGUGUUUGUGGGUCGCUUUGUCGUGGAGCUGGUGGAUCCGGACCAGCCACUGGAGUACGACAACUCGGUCACCGUAGCGCCGAAGGGGGGAGUCCAGGUUAGGAUCCGGAAGGUGUGA